AUGCCUCCGACUCCAGUUCAUCUUGAUCCGGUGACUUCCGAAGCCUACAAAGCACCGACGGCUCCAGAGACGUUUCAACAGCAGAGGCUUCGACUGGACAAGCAGGAGACACUCUCCUUCGGCCCUCAACGAGCUCGACAUCAUGUUGAGCGCACGCCGUAUGACAAACCGGCGGCUGAGUCAAGUGAGAUAGUGUUCGAGGUCCAGGAUCUAGACUCUGACAGCCUCCCCAAGGGAUGGACCUUCAACAAGAACAACCACACCUUUGAGCUCAAGCACAAAUUGGCCGACUUCUGGGAGAUCACUGGAGGAUGCCUCAUCCGUCAUCAUGUACGUCCACGGUCGAAGAAGUUCGUUCCAAGUGACAUAGCUGAUCUUCCGAUACCCCUGGAGAACUUGGACGAUGUCCGGGUCACCGUCUUCCGUGAACCUGGCUGUGACUCGUCUUCCGUCACCGACCACUUCAAGACCGAGAACAUGUUUUGUGCAAGAACUCCAAGGAGACGCCCAAGAGACGUCCUGCCAAAUGGAUCGGAUGUGCUCUCCAUCUCCUCGAUGCUCAAGUGGCAUGGCUGGUCAGCAGAUGUGGCUACUGCAUUCUUACAAGGGAUGCCACAAACCCGGCAGCUUUGGCUUCGUUUGCCCAACGACUGCUUGCAGAUCCUUGGUUGCGGACCAGAGACCCGCGUGGCCUUGAUCAAGCCCGUAUAUGGUCAACUCGAUGCCCCUCGUCGAUGGUGGCAAGAAGCAACACGGAGAUUGACUGGAGAGUUGGACCCUUGUCUCUUUGCACUUCACCACACCUUGGAAGAUGGCACAACGGUUCCAUGUGGCCUCAUCGCCUUGCGCGUUGAUGACAUGCUAGGUGCUGGAGAUCGCAGUUGCCCAACUUAUGUUGCAGCCGAGCGCCGCCUGAAGGAAGUUUUUGAUUUUCGAAGCUGGCAAGAAGAUAGUGAAACCAUGGAGUAUUGCGGUGUUUUGCAUGACCGCAAGGACUUUUGUUGGACACUGUCACAACGCCACUUCUUACAGAAGGUCAAACCAGUCACCAUCCAUCGAGGAAGAUCUCAAGAAGAUCUCAUGACUGAGCCAGACCGGGCACAGCUCAGAGCUCUACUGGGUAGUUUGCAAUGGCCAUCCGUGCAGUCGCAACCUCACUUGCAGGCAAGUUGCAGCCUCAUCAGUGGACAGCAACGAUCUGGCAAACUGAAGGCUAUCAUGGAGGCCAACGCCCUGUUGAAGUUUGCAAAAGAACAUGCUGAUGUCUCGCUGAAAUACGAGCCAUUCCAAUCCAUCCACAGCUACUCCGACCUCACGAAACUUCGCCUGGUGAUCAUGUUUGAUGCCUCACAUGCUGCCCGCGAAGACCAUUCAUCGCAGGAGUCCUAUGAGAUGGACGAACAUGAGCAGCUGGAGAACACCAAUAAGAACUCCGAAAGACCUUGGCCCAGCUCUUCGAUCUUGAAGACUCCUACGGCAAUGAUCUACUUCACACAGAUCAAGGCGGUCACUGCUGAGUUCCUGGGUGUCCACACGCCGCCGAAUCCGGAGGAAGUUUGCCUUCCGGAUGAUGAUCCCAUGCUUGAAGACUGGUCAGCCCUGACCUACUUGUCCAUCUUCAUCCUCCUCACCAUCCUCAUUGUGAGCUACCUGUCCUACAAGUUUGGAAGAAUGGUUGAGAGAAGAAGACAGGUGAAAGAUUUGGAUGUGAAGUUGAGGGUGGCCCAUGGUCGAAACCAGAGGCACUUCGAUGCAGCCCUGGAUGAACAGAACCUUGCUCUCGACCACCGCAUGUCGCAGCUAGAGAACGACCUGGUGAAGGCCGCAGAAGAGCAUGCCACGACUCGUCGAAGCCACAACGAGAUGAUGGCACAAUGGCAGAUCGAACAACAAGAAGCUGAAUAUAUAGAUCAAGCCUUCCAACAAUGUCAAGCCCUUCUUUCGCGAUGCUACCGCGAGCUGCAGGACCACUUCGAUGAUGAGUGUCCCAUUGAGAUGGGAGCCUAUGUGGCACCCUUUGGCCACACCUGGCACACGACACGUGAGUGUCAUGGCUUGAAACAGGCCCACCGAGUCGACCACCGUCCAUGCUGUCACUUUUGCACUCCAACACCUCGUACACCUUUCCGGGUGAACGGCCUGAGCGGGACCACUUUGUGGGAAGAUAUGGAGUCCUGGCGCCGCCAGUGGGGCUACCGCUCCUACGAAGAGUGGAUGGUGGACUAG